AGCUUUCUUAAAAUUUGGCUCCCAGAACUGGACACAGUACACCUGAGGCCUGACUUCUGCAGAGCAGAGUGGGACAGUUAACACUCCUGCUGAUAUACUCCGGAAUAUUAGCCCUUUUUGGAACUGUAUCACAUUGUUGACUCAUAUUCAAUCUGUGAUCCACUAUACCCCCCAGAUCCUUUUCAACAGUUCUACUGCAUAACCAGUUAUUCCCCAUUUUGCAGUUGGAGAUAUGAUUUUAUUUUCUUCUUAAGUGAAGUAAUUUGCACUUUCCAAUUUCAUCUUCUUGAUUUCAGCUCAGUUCUCUAAUUUGUCAAGGUCAUUUUUAAUUCUAAUCUCAUCCUCCACAGUGCUUGAAAUUCCUCCCAGCCAGGUGUCAUACACAAAUUUUAUCAGCAUACUCUCCACUCCACUUUCCAAGUCAUUGACGAAAAUAUUGCCAGACCCAGAAAUGACCUCUGAGAGACCCCACUAAGUACACCAUCACAGUUUGACAGUGAACCAUUGGUAACUACACUGAGUAUGGUCUUUCAACCAGUUGUGUACCCACCUUAUAGUAAUUUCAUCUGUACCACAUUGUCCCCUUGUGUUGAUACCACCAAAUAUCCAUGUAAGAGGAAAGGUUUGGGGAGGGAAGGGGGUUAAUCUUGGUGUAGAAAAUGGAGAUCUUGAACUGCUCUCCAUUCUCAAUAUGCCCUACUUUUAGUUCUGUAGCUCUUUCACUCAGCUUUCGUGCAAUAUGAGUUUCUUUCUUUUUACUUAAAAUGAUAAAAAGAACAUUUCUUCUUCUUGAAUUUACGUUUCUUUUAGUUGCAAGUGACCGAGUGAAGGGUGAAUAUUUCAUGGCCCUAGCCAUGAAAGGCAUGAAGAGUUUAUACUUUGCACUGCUGCUUCUGAAGAAGAGAAACAAAAAAGCAACAAGCUGAACACUGAUGGUUUGGAGGGAAUUUGUUGGGGGAAGCAUAUACUUAGUAUGGCUAGCACAAACAUAAGGCGAGGUCCUCUUAAGCACAAAGCAGGUUUCAGUUAUCAUGUAAAUUAACAGAACCAAAUAACGCAGUUGAGUGUAAUAGCAUUAUAACAGCAUUGAGUCAAUUUAACACAUAUCUAUCUACAGUAAGUUUGUCGUUUGCUUUUUACUUCUAAAUUCUGAAGCGUCAUCCUAAUCUUACCUACAGAAUAUCUCACCAUCAUUUGAUAAUACUAUGACUAACUUUGUAUAGUUUCUUUUAAUUGUCCAGAGUCCAUUACAGUAGAAUCCCUUUUAUCCGACCCUCUGUUACUUGGCUCUCUCUAUUAACCGAACAACCAGCGCACACAGGUACAGAAGUGGGUGAUCUCUCCUGUGGCCACUAGAUGGCACUGCAGCCUUGGACUUUCCCAUUCUCCAUCUUACCCAAAUUUGACUAUCAGAUCUGGCCCAGAUCCCAAUUCGAUCGCAUAAACGGGGUUCUGCUGUAGUUGGAUUCCUGAAUAUGCUAAGGGUCCAGUCAGUCACCUUCCUUCUGUACCCACCCACGUACCUGAUCAGAUUGGAGAUUUGGAAAGCAUUUGAUUCUUCCAAAAUUGGGGUGAUAUUCCAACCAAUGUUUUGCUUUCUUCCCAGUUCCAAAAGCCACUCUAAUUGAUGGUAGCUCCAAAGGUGUGGACAGCAGGGGCUGAGUCUGGGCAGCAGUUCCACUCCUGAACUACUGGUAGACUCAUACAUUGAAAUUAUUGCUGUAUUUACAAAUCAACUGAAAUCCUUUUCUCCGUCUUCUAUCCCAAAGGAGGCAAAUGUGGGGGAUGUCUGUCAGAAGUCAUGCUGCCAGGAGAGAGGCCUGGGGAGCAGCCCAGAGGGGGCUCAAUACCCACCAAGAUGCCCUGGGGCUGGGAACAGAUUUCCUCUUGCAUGUUUUUGUUCUGAGGGAAUCUCACAGCUAUGCCCCCAUUCACAUCGCUAUUUAUAUUACUGCAGCACCAAUUGGGAUCAGGCUCCUUUGUGCUCAACUCUGUUUAAACACCUUUGUUGAGAUUUGCCCUGCUCCAAGGAGCUUGUACUCUGAUUAAAGACAAGACACAACAAAUGAGCAUAACAAAUAAUAGGAGACAAGGGGUGAGGAGGAAGGAGAAGGAUACCAAUAAUCAGGAUAACAAGGCCCUGUCGUUACACAAGCUAAUAGUGUGUGAAUGAAUUGAUGGUUCUGAAUCACGUACAUGUAAAUGUUAUUUCCCUAUCAAAAUCAAAUAAUCUGUGCUCCUGCAACUUUUGCUUCUGUCCCCUAAUCCCUGUGAAAAGCGACCCAAGGUUCACUUAGUUUUCUAUUAUUUGUUUGUGUUUGUUCCCUUUCCUUUUUAAUAGCCUAUCUUCAACCACCACUCUGCCUAAUAUUACUAGCUUAGCCACAAUUUUUGUAAUAUAAACUAAUGCCUUUAACUCUCAUAGAUAAACCCUGGUGCUUCUGGGGCUAUGAGCUGCAAAAUCCUGGCUCUAGUCUAGGGGCACAGAAUGAGGGAGAUUUACAGCUACCCCUUUGCCCUGGUACUGUUGGCAGCUACUCACUCAGUCUUCUGGAAGAUGCUGAAGCCUUCUGAAAUGGUCACUAGCCUGGUGAAUUCCAUGGCAAGUUCACCUCAUUUGGUGCUCUGGUUUUAUCGUCUUCAAAGUUUGAGCACUUAUGACAUGGCUGUAAUGGAAGCGUUAAUUCAGAUGACGGAGAGGAAUUGUAAACUGGUGCUGUAAGUACUGAUUAGAACCUUGAACUAGCAGCCAGUACUCCUGGAUUCUAUACUCAGCUCUACCCCUGGUUCUUUAUGAAACUGCAAAUCCCUACCCUCAGUGGUGCCAAUUUCACAAGGAGGCGGUAAAGCUGGUGGUGGAGGAUGGUAGCUGUACUUGAUGGUGCCUGGCAUGGUUUGGACUCACUAGUAGUAUUGUGUGCCCCACAGCCUGUGCCGGGAGGGCAGAGUGGCCCACUCUAGCUGCCUCUCGGUUAUAGCCUGCAUAAUAACAACCCUAACCAACCGGUUUUUCUAUGCACUUAAAACAAGUCAAAGUCAAAUACUUCUCCUGCGCACACAGGGCGCUGCUGCCGGUGGGCACCUCCCUCCUCGCACCCUGUUGAGUAGCGCUAGCCCCAGAGCCCUGCCUGAAGGGCUGGAGCUGGAGGGCAAAGGAGAGGAGUUGGGGCCGCGCUAUGAAGGCGCUGACCGAUUUCCUGGGCGCGCUGAGCCCCAGACACGAUGGAACCCAAAAAGCGGCGGCGGAGCCACCCGCCGCCGACAAUGAGACGCUGUUACCACAUGAGAGAGAAUUUCAUCAUGCUGCUAAAAUGAACAAUUUGGAAACCAUGGAGAAGUUACUUAGGAAGAAUGUUAACAUUAAUGCUGUAAAUACUCUGCAGCGCACAGCUCUCCAUUUUGCUGUGGCAGGAAAUCAUGUAUCUACUGUGGAUUUUCUUCUCCAUCACAAAGCUAGAGUGGAUGUUGCAGAUAAGCACGGGUUGAUGGCGAUUCAUCUUGCAGCUUGGUCUGGAAACCUAGACAUAAUGCGAAUGUUAGUUAAAGCAGGUGCUGACCAAAAGGCUACAAACCAGGAGGGAAGGAAUGUCCUGCAUUUUGCAGCUCUGAACAAUAACGUUGACAUAGUGGAUUAUCUUCUCCAGGAACUUCAGCUGAAGGACCUAAACAAGCAAGAUGAGAAAGGUAAAAAGGCAUUUCUUCUGGCAGCUGAAAAAGGCCAUGUUGAAAUGAUAUACAAUCUGAUUUCUCUCAAGCUGUUCACCUCUGAAAAAGACAAGGAGGGAAACACAGCAGUGCAUCUAGCUGCUAAAAAUGGUCACUGCGAGGUGCUAGAAGUUCUGCUAAAUCAAUGGAAAGAAAUAAAUGAACUCAAUCAGAAUGGAGAAACACCAUUUUAUUUAGCUGUUGAAGGAGGUCAUGAAAAAUGUGCUGAGCUGUUACUGGAAGCAGGAAGUGACAUCAACAUUUCAAAUAAACACAAUAGUAAUGCUUUGCACAUUGCAACACGGCAUGGACAUACGUCCUUGGUCAGAUUUCUUAUCAGUAAAAAUAUCAAUCUGGUUCCUAAACCUGAGCAGAAUUCCCCUCUCCAUUUGGCCGUCCUCAAUAAUCACCUUCCGGUAGUAAUUAGCCUCUUGGAUGCUAAUCAUGAUAUAAACACCUUGAAUCCGAAGCAACAAACCCCUCUCCACCUGGCAGCUGAUCUUGGCAAUGUGGAACUUGUGGAACUGCUGCUAAAGGCAGGCUGUGAUCUCAAGAUUGCCGACAAGCAAGGAAAAACUGCGCUGGCUGUCGCAUCCAGGAGCAACCAUGCCCUCGUUGUUGAUAUGAUUAUUAAAGCAGAAAGGCAUUACACCUUGAAACAGGAACAUCUAGAAAACCAUGUUGAUGCACCAGAUUUUAGUCUAGUCUUCAAACAGGAUCACAGUGCACAGACUAAGCAAAUCCGUUACUGCCUCUGGAAUCUGGCUUACAAUCAGUUAAAACCCCAAGAGUGGAAGACGCUGGCCUUGUUCUGGAAGUUUACAGAGGAGCAAAUUAAAGCCAUUGAAGAACAGUGGACAGGAAAAAAGAGCUAUAAGGAACAUGGACACCGAAUGCUGCUCAUCUGGUUACAUGGUGUAUUGCUGGCUCACCAGAAUCCAGUCAAAUAUAUAUAUGAAGAUCUGGUGCAUGUAGGAUUUCAACAAGUAGCUGAUAAAAUCAGAGCUGAAAUGAGCCCAGAGAUGGAUUCGAGGAAAUGUGCAGUUUCAUGAAUUCUUUAACAGAAGCUGUCAUAGGCUAUGGACUACGUUCCAGAUGGAAAAUCAUUUGUAAAUACUCUUUCCAGAAAAGAUCUUACAAUAGAACCUCAGAGUUAUGAACACCUCGGGAAUGGAGGUUGUUCGUAACUCUGAACAAAACAUUUUGUUCUUUCAAAAGUUUACAACUAAACAUUGACUUGAUACAGCUUUGAAACUUUACUAUGCAGAAGAAAAAUACUGCUUUCCUUUAUUUUUUUUUAGUAGUUUAUACAUUUAACACAGUACUGUACUUGUUUUUUUUUUUUCAUCUCUGUUUCUGCCUGAUUGUCUACUUCUGGUUCUAAAUGAGGUGUGUGGGUGACUGGUCAGUUCAUAACUCUGAGGUUCUACUGUAUUUGCAAAACGUAGCUCACCAUCUAUGAAGUUUUUCAAAGCUCUAUUUAUUAGUGCUACAAACUUCUAUACCUAAGUUAUUAAUUUGGUUAGUUCCAGACUCUGCCUUUUUCUGACAGUUCAUCUUUGAAAGAAAUUACACAGUAAUUUUAAUUGAAUUUUUUAUGGCAGAGAAUGACCACUACAAUUACACGAAUGUUAAUUUGUGACUAUCCUGCCAAGUGAGAGAACAUGCUACAAUGUUUGUGUAUGUGACUUAGACUAAUACACUAAUUCCAUAUUGGAACUGCACUUAAACCAGUUUGUGCUUAAUACUGAAUAUAGUUCCUGUCUGCUAGAAAGCAGAUCACUUGUGUUUCAUAAGUGAGGAUUAUGUGGAUAAAUAAUCAACACCUUUUCCAUAAUAGGCCAGCACCCAGCCUAAAUUUGAGAUUUAGCUCAUUUUAAAGUAAAUUGCGAAGAGGAUCACUGUUUCCUGUUUUGACUGGCUUUGACUUGUUUAAUGACAUGACUUGGGUGGAUAUUUAUUCUUAACAUUUUUUGAUUAUACAGGACAAAAAUACAAGAUACAACUUCAAUAUAACAUGGGCAGGUGCCUCAUACUAGGAAUAAACUUAUCCAACAAAAGGAUCCAACACUAUAUACAGAUUACUCUUGUAAACAGCUCGUGGAUGCAUCUGUACUGUUCCUUUUCCAAAAAACCAAGUUUUGUUAUUUGGGAAUUAAUAUUUUACUGUAAUACUUGAUGGUAGCUUUUCUCUAGAAUCAGAGCACUGAACAUUUGUUGCGAGUACCAUUGGGCUGUUUUAACAAACAAUUUACAUUUGGUUCUGCAGAAGAUGCUUGACUUGUUCAUUUAAAGUAUCUGUUCAUCUGGUAAUUUUUUCGUUUAUUAAAUUCUAAUGACAAAAUUGAAA